AUGAUGAUCGAUGUAAAAAAUUUCAAUGCUUCUAUCUUCGAAAAUACAGGCAAAAAAUUUCUUUGGAUUUUAAUUCUUUUAAUGAAUUCUAUACCAACUGUGGUACUAACUAAUUGUCCGUUGUUACGCAGUUUUAUGAAUGAUACCGGUGUGCUUGUUUUUAAUAAAACAGCAACAACGGUGAAUACGGAAUCAGUUAUUCAUUGCCAGUGGUUAGUAGUUGGUUCACCUCAACAGCGUAUCGUUGUCGAAUUUGAUUAUGUGUUUAUUCCCGUGCCUGUUGAAGAAUUUAUAGCAACGGGCUGUCGUCGUGGUUCUGUUAAUUUAUGGACACCAGGAUUAGAAAAUGAAAAAAUUGAAAUAUGUGGUGACCGUCAUAAAAUGCGUAUAGCUGGAGUAGGGAAAACAUUAAUGGUCGAAGUUCGUCUUACUGAUCCGAGUCUUGAGGUAAAAUUUUUGAUGAGCUAUCGACUGAUUCAAGUAGAACAACCAAUGAGUACACCAUCACAUUUAGUUAAUCCAUCUAUCUUGUCUACGGAAAACUAUGCUGCUUGUGGUAUAACAUCGACAGACGGCCAUAGAUAUGCACGUGUAGUUUCUAGUCGCAUUGUUGGUGGUCGUCAAGUUGUACCACAUAGUCAUCCAUGGCAAGUGCUUCUUAAUGAUCGUGGCAAAUUUUGUGGAGCAACCGUUCUCAAUGCCAAAUGGAUCGUAACUGCAGCACAUUGUGUUAAUGGAUCGAAUCCACAAAAUUUAAUGACUGAAUUUGGUAUACAUGAUCGAUAUCGUGUUGAACAUUCACGAGUGACAAGAACGAUCAAGCAAAUUGUUGUUUAUCCUGCGUACAAUGGAAAAUCAACGCGAUGGGUGCAUGAUAUCGCAUUACUUGAAUUGUCCAAACCCCUUGUAUUCAGUCCGUAUGUUCGAGCAAUAUGUUUACCAUCCAUAAAAGAUUUUGUUCAUAUUAACGAUCGAACAAUUGUUACAGGAUGGGGAGAAACUCAUGGUACAGGUAAUUUUCGAUAUUUACGUGAAGUCGAAGUACCUAUUCAAUCAACUGAUCAAUGUGGAUUAAAAGACAUUAAUGUCGUCACAACUCUCUGUGCUGGCCUAUGUAAAAAUUCAACAUGUGAUGCAUGUCAAGGUGAUUCAGGAGGUCCCAUGAUUUUAUUACGAAAUGGUAGUUGGCAUUUAGUUGGUUUAAUAUCAUGGGGUUUUAGUUGUGCUGGCCUUGGUGUAUAUACGAAAAUAUCUUAUUAUGCAGAUUGGAUUGCAAAAACUAUUCAGCAUUAA